CUCUCAUUGUUGAAUGGUCAGGAGGUGUGUGAAUGUGUUCAUCUUUGCUGAGGAGGGGCUGCAUGCAUGCAGGAGUGUGUGUGAGUGUGUAUUCGUGUGCGUGUGUGUGCACCUGUGUGUUAAAACAGCAUUGUUCCUGAUAGAGGGAAAGCUGUGCCUUGUUGUUUGGAAAAUCCAAGGUCAUUGGAGCCCGGUCACAUGCGCCGUAUGAGAGCGUGCAUGUGUGAUUGAGUGUCUGUGAGAGCGUGUGUCUCUCUCUCUCCCUCUCUCUCUGGCUAUGUGACAGAGAAAGAGGCUUCAGGCAAAGAACAGAGAAUUUCAUCAGGUUUUCCAUCAAUGUACGGUGUUUGUGGAUGCUGUGGGGCCCUGAGACCCCGUUAUAAGAGGCUGGUGGAUAACAUCUUUCCUGAGGACCCCGAGGACGGUUUGGUGAAAGCUAACAUGGAGAAGCUUACUUUUUACGCCUUGUCUGCUCCAGAGAAACUAGACCGUAUCGGUGCCUACCUGUCAGAGAGACUAUCCAGAGACGUUGCCCGGCAUAGAUAUGGGUAUGUUUGUAUUGCGAUGGAGGCAUUGGACCAGCUGCUGAUGGCCUGUCACUGUCAGAGUAUAAACCUUUUUGUGGAAAGUUUCCUUACUAUGGUGCGCAAGCUGCUGGAGGCAGACAAACCCAAUUUACAGAUCCUGGGCACUAACUCAUUUGUGAAGUUUGCGAACAUAGAGGAGGACACAGCAUCAUACCAUCGUAGCUACGAUUUCUUUGUGUCACGCUUCAGUGAGAUGUGCCAUUCCAGUUAUGAGGAUCCAGAUAUUCGCACAAAGAUUCGUAUGGCAGGGAUCAGGGGUCUUCAGGGGGUGGUGAGGAAAACUGUCAAUGAUGAACUGCAGGCAAAUAUUUGGGACCCUCAACACAUGGACAAAAUCGUGCCGUCUCUCUUGUUCAACCUCCAACAGGAAGAAGGCAUAGAGAGGUCUCCUUCCCCAGAGACAGAGAAGGAGAAGGAGAGUCCAGUGGAACUGACAGAGAGAUGCUUUCGAGAGCUGCUAGGACGAGCGGCCUACGACAACAUCAAGAAUGCUGUGAAACCUGUGCUCAUGCACCUUGAUAACCAUUCACUCUGGGAGAGCAAAACAUUUGCAGUGCGCUGUUUCAAAAUCAUUAUGUACUCCAUUCAGUCCCAACAUUCACAUCUGGUGAUUCAGCAGCUGUUGGGCCACUUGGAUGCCAACAGUAAGAAUUCAGCCCGAGUGCGUGCUGGGAUAGUGGAGGUGAUCUCAGAGGCAGCUGUCAUAGAGGCCAGUGGAUCCAUAGGGCCCACAGUACUGGAAGUGUUUAAUACUCUACUGAAGCAGCUCAGACUCAGUGUGGACUACGAGCUCACAGGAUCCUACGACUCUUUUGCAAACAUGGGCUCCAAGGUCAUUAAAGUACACGAGGAGAGACAACUCCAAGAAGCUGUCAUCAAAACCAUUGGCUCAUUUGCAAACACACUGCCCACCUACCAACGCUCAGAAGUCAUGCUGUUCAUCAUUGGUAAGAUUCCUGUGACAGGCAUGUAUCCGGCUCUGGGGUCGGCCAACACCGGGGUUGAGGGCAAUAGGAUGAUCCAGAUUAUGCUGCUAAAGUCUCUGCUGCAGGUAACAGCAGGAUUCCAGUCUACAAACAUUUUGACGGCGCUUCCCACCUCAUUCCUGGACCCGCUCUUGUCCUUCACUCUGAUGGAGGAUGCAGAGAUCCGUCUACUUGUUCUUGACAUCCUCAUCAGCAUCAUUGAUCGCCAUGACAACCGGCACAAAUUCUCCCCUGUCAGAAUUAUCUCAGAUAUCUCAGUACUGAAGUUGAAAGUAGACAAGUGCUCAAGGCAGGAUAACCUGUUCAUGAAGAAACACAGCCAGAGGCUGUACCGCCACAUUUACCUGGCCUGCAAGGAGGAGAGUAGCAUCCAGCGGCACUUUGAGUCUCUGUAUACAUUGCUGGGGUUGAUUUGUGUGGAGCUGGCCAAUGAGGAGGUGGUGGUGGACCUGAUCCGACUGGCUUUGGCAUUACAGGACCUGGCCUUGACUGAAGAGGCUCUUCCUGUUUACAACCGCUGUGCCAUCCACGCUCUGUCAGCUGCGUACCUGAACCUCAUCAGUCAGCUGACCACUGUGCCCACCUUCUGCCAACACGUCCAUGAGGUGAUUGAGUCAAGAAAGAAACUUGUUCCUUUCCUGCUGCCAGAGGAUGUUCUUGUUGAGAGCUCAAAGAUCCCAGAGAAGGUGGAGGGAGAGGUGCUUUUUGUGCAGGCUAAGAUAGCAGAGAUGCUGGGCGGCAGCGGAUACAACACAGAGAGACUGGCCACUCCAUACAUCCCACAGAUCACAGAUGAAGACAGACUGUCUAAGAGGAAGAGUAUUGGAGACACAGUCUCCCUGCAGUUAGAGAUGGAGUCUAGAAACAGUCCGGAGAAAGAGCAGAGAUCCACAGCAGAGCAGAUAACGUUUGAAACUCUUAAACAAGCCAUUGUAGACAGCGUGAAUGUGGAGGAGCUGGAGAGAGAGCGCAGAAGGCAGGUGGUAGAGAGGUUUCAGACCGCCCCGUUUGAGGAGAUAGCAGCCCACUGCGGGGCCAGGGCUUCCCUGUUGCAGAGUAAACUCAACCAAAUCUUCGAAAUCACAAUCAGGCCUCCACCGAGUCCGUCUGGCUCUGUCGGGAAUGGUCACGGCCGGAGCCACUCCGUACCAGUCUAUGAAAUGAAGUUUCCAGACCUCUGUGUAUACUGAGAGACCCUGGAGCCCUUGUCACCACAUACAGCUGUUUUCAUCGCACUAUUAUCACUCCUUCUUAUGUCCAGGUGUAACUCUGUUUCUUCUAAACUGUGUUCUCUAGUGUAAUAUCAGACCUUAGAUAAGGAUUACGGCUGUACUUUAUCCUGAAGUCUAUUUAUGCCAACAAAGACAAACAAACCAAGAGAAUAUACCAUAUGUUGGUUAAAUAUGCACUUAGUCUAGACGAAAAAGGACAGAAUUUAUCGACAAAUGAUCGUAUCUUGUCUGGGAGCAUAGAGAGCAGAAUGAGGUUUUCAUUGUUUAGGUUACUGUGUAAGUGUGUACAGUCUGUUGUAAUUGGUUUUCUUGUACAACUAAAGAGUAAAGCUGCAUUACAUUUUGUAUCUUAAGUUAAGAACAUUUGUCAAAGAAUGUCCCAAAUGUGUUUCCAAAAACAGUUUUUUUUUUUCAACGUGUGGGUAUCGACAGUUUAGCUAAAUACAAGCUUUGUUUGCAUGUUUAAAUCGUCUCUACAUGCUGCAAUAACAGUUGUAUUUAAAGCAAUAAUUAUUGAAUUUAAAAGUAAAAACUCUUGGGUAGAAGCUGAGGAAAAAAUACAGCAAAUACUAAGUUCCUAGUUCAGCUCAAUGCAGUAUUCCAGUCAGAACUGAUGGCUUAAUGAUGUUGUGUAUAAGAAAGUGAAUGUGUUACAUUCACAUAAAGUCAGACCUGUAUCAUUAUUCAUUAUACUCUUGUUAAUGCAGUUUCUUACGUGAAAGGUUUUCAUUUGCGUAAUGUUUGUUUGAUUGCUUAAGUUUUUUUUUUCUGAACCAGAGUGAGUUAAUGUUAUCAUUGGCAAAAUUAGCAAAAUUUCACAGGCAAAAAAAUGUCCAUUGUUUAAUGGCAAUGGUGUCACAAUGUAUAAAGCACAGUACACACAGAAAUCACUUUGAAACCAAGCAGAUUUCUGCAAAUUUGCGUAACCAAUUUGAACCCAUUGCGAAAUCUGCUUGGGGAAAUCUUUUGCCCUGAUGUGAAAUUCCAGAUUGUAUGUAUUUGUAUUGAAAUGACUGUUUGCUAUAUUCUCUUUCAAACCAAGCAGCUUUCUGUAGGUCAAUGCAUGCCACCUCACGGGAAAUUCUCGUUCACAUGGAUUCCUGUUGAGAUAAUGGCAUUUUGCAUGCAGAAUUAAAAGGUAAAAGCUAGAGAGGUAAAAACCCUACCCUAAAAAGGUAAAACCCCUACUUAGGGUCUAAAGGGAUCAAUUAUCUACCUUUUUUUACCAGGAUUAGUGCAUUUCAUUUGACACUUGUACAGUAACGAGUCCUUUAUUUUAUUAAAUUUGUAAAUAAUUUCAGGUUUACAACAAGAUUUUGUUGUCCUGGAUUUAAACGCAGCACUUUAAUGCUCACUGUGUAAAUGUGGUGUAUGCUGGAAAAUAUACUUUAUGUUGCGCAAAAUUUCAUCUUGAUGUGUUCUUGUCUAAAAUUUUAUGGUGUGUAAUCUGUUGUCAUAUCAUAUUGUUCCGGUUCCACAUAAAAACAUGGACGUUUAUCUUGUUUUUCUGUCGUAAAACCACCUGUUUUUUUUUUUUAGUUCAUGAAGUAAUUUUUCAUGUUCUGGUUUUACUUUAUAUUCAUCCUUGGUGAUACCCUGAAUUUAUUUGCAAGCAUAAAAACAAAUUGGUUUAUCUUCUCUGUUUAUAUGGCUAUGAUGAAAUAUUCUAGACUGCUUACAUGUGAGGUGAUUUUGCGUGUAUGAAAUAUCAGAGUUUAGUCUUUCCUUGUCAGCUGCUGCAUGCACUGGGUGUUUUGUCUGUGCUUUUACCAUUUUUAAUUUAAGUGAGAUCAUUACAACACUGUGGACCGUAAUAAGUCAACUUAGUUCCUGUUAUGUAUGUGUUUAGAUGCUGUCACUGUAAAAGGAUGAGACUUCAGAACUGUGUUCUGUGAAUGUUUGCCUACAUGAAAUCAUUAAGUGAUGUACAUAUGUGGUGUGAAUAAUAAGAAUAUCAAUUAAAGACUAAUUUUAUGAAUUCAA